CUGUGGACAUUUAAAGCUGACGCCGCUUUCGCUCUAAACAAAUUGCUAAUAAUGAUUCAUUUAUAGUAUUUGAGUGUUCUUUAGUAAUCUGUGGAAUGUCUUUUACUUAUUAUAUUCAAAGUUAAGCUCACAAGUGAAAACAUUUUUUAAUAAUACAUUAUUUUGACGGUUUGUUUACUAAACGUAUGUAAACAUGGCUCAAGCACUUCAGCAGGAAUACAUGGAAAUGCCUAUAAUUACAAAAGCAUAUACCACCGCUUGUGUGCUAACUACAGCUGCUGUACAACUAGAGAUUAUUUCACCUUUUCAAUUAUAUUUCAAUCCAGAUUUAAUUAUCAAGCACUAUCAGAUAUGGCGCUUGUUCACUACAUUUUUAUUUUUUGGAACUUUUGGUUUUAAUUUUUUAUUCAACCUCAUCUUUACAUAUCGGUAUUGUCGCUCCUUAGAAGAGGGUUCAUUUCGUGGAAGACCAGCCGACUUUUUCUACAUGUUUUUAUUCGGUGGAACAUUAAUGAUUGUUAUUGCUAUAUUUGUUAAUCAAGCCUUUUUGGGACAAGCAUUUACAAUAAUGCUAGUUUAUAUUUGGUGUCGUCGAAAUCCUUAUGUGCGAAUGAAUUUCUUUGGACUUUUAAACUUUCAAGCACCUUAUCUACCUUGGGUAUUACUGGCAUUUUCUCUUUUGCUUGGAAACUCUGUCAUAGUAGAUUUAAUGGGAAUUGCUGUUGGUCAUGUUUACUUCUUUCUAGAAGAUAUUUGUCCAAAUCAGCCUGGUGGGAUGAGGUUACUUAAAACUCCAUGGAUAAUAAAGUAUAUUUUUGAAAGCCCAAUUGCAGAAAAUCAGCCACCACCUCCUGAAGAUAGGCCAGGAGGAUUUAAUUGGGGAUGAUUCAUCUUUAGAUGUCUUCCAUAUGUAAAUUAUGCAUUUUGUUAGCACUUGUGUACAUUUUGUAAAAUUAAAAUAUUUUC